AUGGCAGCCACCACCGCCGCCUUGGGUCAGUCAACCGAGGUCACGUCGCUGGAUGCCGAGCGCCGGCUCUACCUCCAGACCCUUCAGGAACUUCAGCUCGAAGAGAUUGAUUGGUCGGACGAGGUCCAGCCGUUAGAAGCCAAGGCCAAGAGCCGUGCCCGACCAAACUCGCGCGCUGCUCGGCGCGUGGUCCUCGAUGAAACUCCCGAACGCCCCGAAGGCAACGCUGCCUACGCCCUGGGUUGUGAGGCACCGCGUCGCAAACGCUCCAAACGAUCCAUCCACCAUAUUGAUGAUGCCGAUGCCGUGCUGCCCCGCGUCGACCUCUCCGCCAACUCGCCUGUGACUGCCCCAGUGGCCGCCCGACCCGGACUCCCGCACCACGAUCUCAACUGCCGCCUCCCCUUGCAGCCAGCUGGACGCCUUGUGCAACGCCGCCACCACACGGCGACCGUGCCCACCCUAGUCACCCCCACCCUUCAAACGGAGGCCCCGGAUCUUCCUAAUCUGCCCACGGAGGAAGAGCUCAACACCCCUCAGGUCUUUGAAUCUCCCUAUUUGGCUACUGCAUCCAAGCGACACCAUGCCUCGCCCAGCGCACUCCGAUCUCCGAGCAAGACUAGCGAGCCUGCCUUUAUCCAGCUUCUCCCAGAUGAUGUGCUCUGUCAUCUCUUUGGCUUUCUCAGCACGCGCGACAUUGCCACUUGCCGAACAGUCUGCAAACGUUGGGAAGAGCUCAUCCUGCGCACAAGCUUUGCCCGCACUGUUCGCCUGCGCUCCACCAACCUCCGCCCCGAAGCCGUCUGUGGCCUCUUGCGUUUUGAUUUUUCCUACUUGCAGCUCAACAACACCUGUUUGGCGGAUCUCACCCGCUCACAACUCGACCUCAUCAGCGGCAACAAGAGCCUCACACGUCUCAGUCUGACAUCAUCCAUUCUUUCCGAUGACCUCUUCCACUUGAUACUUGAGCACGCACCCCAUCUGGAGGAGUUGGAUGUUAGCCACUGCCCCCUUUCUGAUAACGUCCUACGAUCCAUUGGACGUUAUUGCCCCAAACUCAAAGCCCUCAGUCUGCAAAUGACAGCAGCUUCCUCGGGCGCCAUUGAGUCCAUCACCAAGCACUGUGGUGGUCUUACGCGUUUGAACCUGGCCUGGACCGAACUGACCUCCAGGGACCUCAUGCUUGUGGCCAAGCAUUGCCGGCGCCUGCGCCAUCUGGACUUGAGUGGCUUGCGCGAAUCCAUGACUGACCAGUGCUUGGAACUGCUGGUCCGCAACUGCCCGCAUCUUGUGAUCCUUGAUCUCAGUGAUUGCUACGGCUUGACCGAUGCUGCCAUUGCAGCUUUGGCCGACGCGCACCAUUUGAAGAAGAUUGCGCUCUCACGCUGCCAUAACAUCACGGUGGCAGCCAUGAGGGGCCUGCGCAAUGUUCCCUCACUCACAAGCAUCGACCUCUUUGGCUGUUACAGCGAUGUAUUCCCACACAUCCAAGAAGCCUGCCAGCAUCUUGCCAUCAACACAACUUCGAUGAACAGGCAGCCCUUUAUUGUGAUGCCUUGAGCCGAUUCUCCUGGCAUGGCUGUGUCAGCAUGACCAAGCGCUAGGGUUUCAUUCGUGUCGUUUUUUGUUUCGACGCUCGCGUUGUGUCUUGUGGGUCUUGUGUUUUGCGCACGAGCAGAGUGUGAUGUGCCUGGUAAACCCAACCUAGACGAGACUUUAUGCCGUUGACUGCGAGUCUAAUUGAAAGCUCGACAUG